AUGUUCUCGCGACGAAAUGAAUUUGGGGACCUGGUGUCCAAGCCAGGUCUCCAGAUAAAUCCGCAUGUACCAAAUGCAAUGCCUCAAAUUGUCCCGGAUGUGAUCAAUCGCGGCACUCUUGGGCGAGGCAAGUCUCACCAUCCGAGUCUCGUCGCCGAGCGAGUCGCUUGGCCAACACAGGCAUCAGGCUCAUCAUUCGCUUGCCUGGAUCCAGGGGCAUUGGCACUGCAAUUUGGAUUUGACGAGCCCCAAAUUGCCCCUCAUUCUGACUUCUCUGAGAAAGGCAAAAUCUUUCACAACCAGACGGGAGAAUUCGAGCUUCUGGAUCCCUAUCAAAUUUCGAACAGUAGCUCAUUCGCUCAGCCGGAGUUUGAUGCAUCAUUUAAGCCCCCCCCAUCGCGAUUCGGGCUAUGA